GUGUGUGUGUGUGUGUGUGUGAGCUCAGCUCAGUAAAGCUUCAUCUCUAAUAGGAUGAGCAGCCGCUCGCUCGUGUAGCUGAAUGCGCCGCUCAUUGUUCGCUUCGCCGUUUCUCCGGGGUUUCCGCGGAUCGAUCGAUCAGUGAUCGGGAUUUCUCAUGGAUCUAUCGAUGUGAAGACGCUGUCACACGCGGCUGAAGUUCAGAAGUGAUCGAGCAGAGCGGCAGGAUUCAAACAUGCGGUCGCAGGCCUUGUUGCUGUAUUUCACGGUGCUGCAGACGGCCGGAGCCGCUUUCCCAGAAGACACCGAGCCAAUCAGUAUUUCACACAGCAACUAUACCAAACAAUAUCCGGCGUUCGUGGGACACAAACCGGGAAGGAACAACACGCAGCGGCACAAACUGGACAUUCAGCUGAUCGUCAUCAUGAACCACACGCUCUAUGUGGCCGCCAGGGAUCACAUUUACACGGUGGACAUCGAGACGGCCAAUACAGAGGAGAUCUUCUUCAGUAAGAAGCUGACGUGGAAGUCCAGACAGGCCGAUGUGGACACCUGCAGGAUGAAGGGAAAGCACAAGGACGAGUGCCAUAAUUUCAUCAAGGUCCUGCUGCAGCAGAGCGACGACUCUCUGUUCGUCUGCGGAACCAACGCCUUUAACCCGUCCUGUCGGACCUACAAGGUGAGACUGCAGUGUUCCUCUGACCUCUGA